AAGUGUAUGACUCCAGAAAAGACGGUCAAGUUGUCCUUUCCAGAGUAUGUGUUGCACACAGACUCUGAACUUGAACAAGUCCGAAAACAAUACUUUGAGUUAGCGAAAAAAGGCGAGGAGGGCAACUUUGAAAUGUCCAAGGACCUGAGAUGUCGACUCAUCCGAAACACUAUGACAAGCAUGAUUGCAAUCCUGAGGGCAAAAGGUGAUGGGGAUUCAGACAGAUACCCUUCGAAACCAGAAGUAACAGCGAUGGCCAAGAGAAUAGUCCAGUACUACCCCAUGCUCCAGGACAAAGGCAGCAAGAAGACAUCGUGGAUCACAGUGUACGCACAACUGUACAAAAGACUCCAAAAUGUGAGAUCCCCUCAAAAGGCGAGUCCAGGUGGAAGUCAGCCAAAGAAGCGUCGUGUUGGCCAACGAAGUGACACCGAUGAUUCAACUGACUCAACCAUUAUUUUGGAUCGCUCCUCAGAUGAAGGUGUCCUCCAGGAUUUAGGACACAAAGAAAGAGAAUUUCACAGUCCAGACACUGGAAGCCAAGCGACCACACCCACCAGGAGUUUGUCGCCGGCUGUCUCUAAUAAGCCUGCAGAUGUCAGUCCUCCAAAAAGGGACAGUCCAGCAAUCAUGGCCAAGCACUACAAGACCCUCCAGGCUUUGUAUAAGAAAAAGAAACCAAACCACGAGUCUGUCUCUCAGCUCCUGGACUUGGAAUUUCCAGCCAGACGAGCAUUCAUUGAUUCUGAUGCAAUUAGUGAGGAGAACAGACCUGGACAAAUUCUGGAGGCAUAUCCUUGUUUUAAGGAAAUUGGACAUGUGAUGGAAGAGCUUCGGCGCAUCUUGGACAAGGACAACACCCAAUACAUCAACCAGGUGAAGGAAAGAUGGCACGACUUCUCCCAGAACGUGCAGUUUUUUGGGAUGUGGAAAAAGCUGCUGAAAUCCCCAAUGGGAAUGGAGAAAACUGAACAGGCUGUUGGAAUCCUUCGUUUGCUGCCAUUGUUGUUCCCCUCUGGAUCUGCUCCGGUUAAGAAACGUGGAGAUCCAAGUGAAGCUCUUGUGCAUGUUCUUGAGGACAAUGAAGACCCCGGCACCUACUUGACGAAGCGCCCUCUCUCCUGUCCAGUGCUGAUUGUGAGUCCAUGCAACUGCCUCCUGGCCGUGGGAGAUGUGCCAGUGACGACGUUCCCAAAAGAGCAGGUCACCGAGGGUGCUUUACACCUCAUGGCCUACUAUUAUGCUCUACACCUCACUUACCCCAAGUGCAUAGCCACACUGCUUUCCAUCAUACAAACGGAGGUCCUUCAUGACGCCAUCCAUGAGAAAGACCUCACACCAGGUUACAAAAAGAGCCUGGCUGAAUGGAAAGAUUUUAUUGGCAAAUAGAGCAGAGCACCACUGUGAUGGCUAGUUAUUUGUGUUUGUAAAUAACGAGCCACAUGUUCAGACCCUGUUUUUGUUUUUCCCAUUGAUCAGACAAAUCACAAUGUUAUUUCAUUCUCUGUUGUGCUGGGGGUUUUUCGUUGUUUUUUUAUUACUGUGCAAAAAAAGCAAAUUUUCAGUUUGAUGUUCUAUUCAAGUUAUUAAUAAAGUGUUGUUCUAAAUGUGUUUUACAUGGUGUUUAUAUGGUAUAGUUAUCUGAAUGGGGAGUUAAGAAUAAUUUUUCAACUGCAUUUUCAAACAACGGUAUCUGAAGUAUUUAAAAUGAACACUUUUUAAUCUUGCUUCAGGUAUUAUGGAAAAUGCAUUUUUUUCUCAACGUCAAUUGGGGUAAAAGCAAAUGUCUGUUUUUGAGUUAAAAACGCCUACUUUUAAGCAUAGCUGGUUUAUCCUAAAAUACAACACUUCUGCCAUAAAGUGACUAAAUAUAAGUAUUUCCUGCUUAGUGUGAUUAGACAUUCAAGCUCAAAAUGCUUAAAUUAAUCAUUGUAAUCUUAUUUCAAAAACAAGGCAGUCUUAAAUCUGGAGAAAGUGCCAGGUAAUACAGCUCAAAAUUAGUUUAAUGUAUCUCAAAUGGAGAAGCUGAGACGAAAGUUAUGAAAU